AUGGAUUCUGUACUCUCCGAAACCCUAGCUUCUGAACCCCCUCCCAAUCAUCCACCCGAACUCGAUUCUCGCAAUCUGAACUUUUCCCCAUCAGAAACCUUAGCUUACUCUUCACAACAACCACUUCCUUCUUCGUAUUCUUCUCUCAAUCAACCACCGUCGUCCGAUCAAAACCCCCCUCAAAACCUAGUCCCACAUGAUCAAACUUCUCCUCCUCCUCCUCCUCCUCCUUCACCACCAGCAGCAGCAGCCCUAGCCUUUGAUGCUACGAACCCUAAUACUUCAUCCGAACCCGAAUUGCCUAACCCGAAUCUACCUCAUGAAGACCCUACUAAUGGCGGUGUUGAAGUCUCCCAGGCGAGCGCAGAUAAAGAUAAUUCAGGCGGGGAAGAAGCCACCACAAUUGAUACCCUGCAGGAUUGA